AUGGCUUCUCCUUCUUCCAAUCCCUUCCUCCUUGCUUUUAUUUGUCUGGCUUGCUUCUUAUUAUUCUUCAUUGAGAGCAAACCCUUUGUUUCUGCUAUAAGGAAAGAAGCCAAUGAGCUUCAACAUGCUCAUCAUCAUCGUGUUCUUCUCACCUCUUUCUUCCCUUCUUCCUCUUGCAGCUCUCAAGGUGCAUGCAGCAAGGGAUCGUUACAAGUGGUGCACAAGCACGGGCCAUGUUCAAAACCGAAGCAACACCCAUCGUCGUCGUCGUCAUCUUCGUUCACUAUGCCGCACUGUGAAAUCCUUAAGCAAGACGCGGUUAACUCACUUGGACUCAAUGUGAGCCCUGUGCUGGUUCUUGCUAUCAACUGGACCAACCCAUCUUCGACCCUUCUCGCUCUUCUUCUUACUCCAACAUCUCUUGCUCUUCUUCACAGUGUUCCCAGCUUUCCUCUUCUACAGCGAAUCUUUCCCUACGGGCUUCUUAGCAAGGAAAAGACUGACCAUAUCUCCCGACGACAUCAUCGACGACUUCCUCUUGGGCUGCUGCCAGAACAACCAAGGUCACUUCAGAGGCACCGCCGGCAACAAACCUCCCAAAAAUACCGGAGAAUCUUUUCAUACUGGCUCCCCUCCAUCGCCAUUUACGCCUGCUACCUUGAGUUCGGCCCCGGAUACUCCCACCCCGACGUCAAAUACACUCUAUUCUCGUCCAUCUUCAAGAACUCCACUUAG